AUGAGGAACGAGAAAAGCUCUGUUCUGACGGAAGAAUUGAAUGCUGCCGAGAAGCGAGUAGAUCUGAUCAAAGAGAGCUGUUACGCCUGCGGUAAGAAGCUGUCGUCAUGCAUGCAGAGACUCACCCAAGACAGCUCGGAUCGCAGGAAUUCGAAAAAAUUAGUGCCUGAAUCAGCUCUUGCGCAGUGCAUGGAAGAAUGGGGAUUGUCUUUAGGUGAAAAUUCGAUUUUAGGAAUGACAUUAGUCGAUUUCGCACGAAUCCAAGACACUUUGGCAACUGAUUUAUUAAAUUAUAAAGUCCAAGUUGAAGAAUCCGUUGUUGAACCCCUCCAAAAUAUUUUGAACAUUGACAUAUCAAAAAUUAUUAAGUCUCGGAAACAACUCACAAAGCUCAGCUCUGAUAUGGAUUCUGCCAAAACUAGGUACCAAAGUUCCAUGAGAAGUAGUCAACAAAUCUCUGGCAAUGGGCAAACAAAUGCAGCAGCCAAAGUUCAGCUUCUGAGAGAAGAAUCUGAAGAUUUAUCAAGCAAAGUUGAACAAUGCCGGGAUUCUUUGACUGCAGAAAUGUUUCAUCUCAUAAGCAGGGAACCUGAGAUGUCCGAAAUUAUAGUGAGAUUAUGUGAGCUUCAACUAGAAUAUCACCGAAAAGCAUUUUAUGUUCUUGAAUCCGUUCUUCCAGAAUUGAAAUCUCAAAUCAGUGAUUGUCCCUAUCGCCCAGUUUUUGGUGUUCCUAUUGAAGAACAUUUAAAAAUGACCAAAAGAGAAAUAGCAACUGUGAUUGAAACUUGUGUUUGCUGGCUUCUUGAAUCUGCGAUGGAAGAAGAGGGCCUAUUUAGGAUAGGUGGAAGUAUGUUGAAAAUAAAGAAAAUGAAGAGUGCUUUUGAUGCUGGGUUACAAAAUUUAAUUGAAGAAGAUAAAGAUCCUCAUAAUGUAGCUGGUGUCCUAAAGCUGUAUUUGAGAUCUUUACCAGAGCCUUUGCUGACCUAUCAAUUUUAUGAUCAGUUUAUGGAAGCAGCUAUGGAGCAAGAUCAUGACGUGAGAUUACGAGCUUUGUGGAGUGUUGUAAAUUCUCUGCCUGAAACACAUUUCAAAAAUCUUAGGUACCUUAUAAAGUUUUUUGCAAGAUUAUGCCAAAAUAGUGAUGUAAAUAAAAUGUCCGUACAAAAUAUUGCUAUUGUAAUGGGACCCAAUUUAAUAUGGCCUCAAAUUGAUGAAUGUGCUUUAGGAAUGAAUAUGACUGCAACUAAUCUACAUAGCCAAAUUGUUGAUUCUCUAAUUACAUAUUCUGAUUGGUUUUUCCCUGGAGAAUGUGAGUUUUACAUCAGCACUCCUACUUCACCAAGACACAUCGAUGGAUUCCCCCCUACGUCCCUAUCUGGCUCUCAGCUCAGCCUUACAACUGCUAAGUUAUCAAAUGGUGAUUCAGCAGUUGAUUCUAUGUCUAGUAGUCCUACAAAUAGCAGUCCGAAAUCUCCGAGUCCUAGAAUUCCUAUCAGGCCCAGGAAGAAACCAGCUCCUAAAGCCCCCUCCACUCAAUCUCUGAAGAAUCCCAUUACAAGGUCCCUCUCUUGUGGAGGGUUUCAAGCUAAUGUCCUGCCAAGAGCGAGUAUUGUCCACAGUAACAGGCUGUCUCAGCUCAGCCUUUCCCAUGAAGAUCUCUUGAAUGCCAAGUACAAUCUAACAAAUCAUUCACAGAAAAAUGGGAAAGCAAUGAAUGGAAUAAAUAGUUUCACUGUUGUGAAUAAUCGUCCAAAACCGCGGCCAAAACCUCCUAGGAACUCUAAAAACGGAUUGCCUCCUGUGGCUGAAAAGGUGUCCAAGACAAUUGAGAGACCAACUGUUCCACCUCCUGAAAGACCUGAUUCGUACAUAAAAUCCGGGUCGGCGAGCACUGAUGAAGCAUGUGGAGAUUCAGACAAAAUACUUGAACUUGAUGAUAUCAGUAUUUCAUUGACUAGCUCUGGCAGUGAAACAUAUAAUGACUGUCAAAUGUCAUUUGCUGAUGAUUCAGAUUGUGAUGAGAAAUAUUCCAGGCAGAUGUCUGAGGACAACAGAUAUUCAAUCGAUCAAAAUGUUAUCAAAGAGGAAAAAAUUGAAAGAUACGAACAUACUAAAUACAAUAGUUCAGCUCAUGAAAUGGUCACCAACAACGAAACUCUAAGUUCUUUGGAAUCGGAAUUUGAUGAAGCAUUUCCGUGUGUCAUUAACCGAAAUUCAUCUGCUGAUGCAUCAGAAACUACCAACAAUGGCGUUUGUACACCGUCUCCAGAUUUAAAUGAUGUUGAAAAUGAUUGUCAUUUUGUUGGUGGAACUCCAACAUGGUUUGAACAUUAUGGGGACGAUAAACGGCAAUCUACUCUGUGGUUUUCUAGCAACGAUGUUUCCACCUGUUUUGAAGAAACUUCUUCAAUUAAGGAUAACAAUUUGGAGUUCAAAGGAAAGUCUAGUCAAAAUGAUGAAUAUCGUACCGUAAUAGAAGUUGGAAAUAACAACAAACAUUCUUCGAAUAGCAAUUAUCAGGAAACUAUUUCAGGUACAGCUAUUAAAUUGAGAGUAAAUAGUGAAAGUCAGAAUACAAGACUGUAAUCCAUGUUGGAACUGUUGUUUGAUUCAGCGCUUUGAGAUUGAUGUGAAUGUUAUCUUGGUUUUGUUUGCUGAAUUGAAUAUUAUGUGAUAACUAGUCCUCAAAUAUUUUAAUCCAUUAAAGCUAAUUUAAAAGUGCUGAUUUAUGUAGCUUAAAAUUUUAUUUUAUUUUUGAUACACUAUUUAAUAGUUACUAAAAUAUAGAUCUCGGUGAUUUCUACAUUCCAAAAUUUGGUUUUCACUAUUUAAAAAAAAAAAUCACAAACCUUUAAAAAAACACUUCUAAAAGAUGUUCCCGUUUUAAUAAAGAAAAAAACCCUGAAAAUAAAAUUCUUGUGUAUAUUUGUGUUUUGAUGUGAGAAAUAAAUUUUAAAAUGGCAGUCAUAACUAGUCAGCUUUAUACGUGCCUCUUUAUUCAAAGUGAUUUAAAGAGAAAAUAAAUUUACUUUGAAGGGCUUCAAUCUAGAAAAGUAUCAGCAUUUCGUGAUUCCGGGGUAAACGCUCUGUAUUCCUUUUUGUAAAUAAAAUGAAUGUUAAUAAAAUUUAUAUUUGAAGUUUA